AUGGUAGCUUGUUUUGAUUUGAGGUCUGAGAAGUUCAGCUUUGUCAAGUUCAUGGAAACUUUCAGUAGAACAAUGCAUCAUUCGACAACCUUGGUAAACUACGAUGGCAAACUAGGUUUGAUUAUGUCGAGGAGUUCUCGUCAUGUUAGUCAAGCAAAUAAAAGUCUUGAGCUGUGGGUUCUACGAGAUGCUGCAAAACAUGAGUGGUCCAAACAUGUAUAUGUAUUACCAUCUUCGUGGAAGGAUGUGGUUACAGAGACCAUGCGCAUUAUUGGAAUGGUUGGUACCAGUGAAAUCGUCUUGUCCCCCAGCUUCCAAUAUGUGCCUUCCUAUAUCAUCUACUUCAAUGUCGAGAGCAAAAGGAUCAGAAAAGUUGGUAUCCAAGGACUGGAAGCGUUUCAGGGUAAAAGAUCAUACACGUAUCUCAACUUUGUCGAGAAUGUGAAGUUUAUUUAA